CGGGCGAGCCGGAGCAGGCGGGUUCCGGGGCGCUCACAGCGUCGCGAGCUGGAGGCGGGGCGGGCGCCCGCGCAGCCAAUCGGCAGCGGGGGGUGGGCCCGGGCGCGACGGAGGACUGAGCGGCGAGCGGACGGCGGGCCGGUGACGGUCGCUGGGCAGCGAGCGGCGGUGAUGGCGACCGUGAUGGCAGCUACGGCGGCGGAGCGGGCGGUGCUGGAGGAGGAGUUUCGCUGGCUGUUGCACGACGAGGUGCACGCCGUGCUGAGGCAGCUGCAGGACAUCCUCAAGGAGGCCUCUCUCCGCUUUACUCUGCCGGGCUCAGGCACCGAGGGGUUCACAAAGCAGGAGAACUUCAUCCUGAGCAGCUGUGGCACAGACCAGGUGAAGGGCGUGCUGACUCUGCAAGGGGAUGCACUGAGCCAGGCGGACGUGAACCUGAAGAUGCCCAGGAACAACCAGCUGCUGCACUUUGCCUUCAGGGAGGACAAGCAGUGGAAGCUGCAGCAGAUCCAGGACGCCAGGAACCACGUGAGCCAAGCCAUUUACCUCCUUGCCAACCGGGAGGAGAGCUACCAGUUCAGGACAGGAGCAGAGGUCCUCAAGCUGAUGGAUGCCGUGAUGCUGCAGCUGACCAGAGCCCGAAACCGGCUCACCACUCCAGCUACCCUCACUCUGCCUGAGAUCGCUGCCAGCGGCCUCACGCGGAUGUUCGCCCCCGCCCUGCCUUCCGACCUGCUGGUCAACGUCUACAUCAGCCUCAACAAGCUCUGCCUCACCGUGUACCAGCUGCAUGCCCUGCAGCCCAAUUCCACCAAGAACUUCCGCCCAGCUGGAGGUGCCCUGCUUCACAGCCCCGGGGCCAUGUUCGAGUGGGGUGCACAGCGUCUGGAGGUGAGCCACGUGCACAAGGUGGAGUGUGUGAUCCCAUGGCUGAACGAUGCCCUCGUCUUCUUCACCGUCUCCCUGCAGCUCUGCCAGCAGCUCAAGGAUAAGAUCUCUGUGUUCUCCAGCUACUGGAGCUACAGGCCUUUCUGAACAGAGCGCCCAAGAGCCUGUCCCCCUGGGAAUGGCCCCUGCCCAGGGAGUCCCUGUUCCCCCCCCACACACACACACACACAUAAACACACACGCACGCACCCACACACACAAAGUGCCGACCAGAGCUCGGCACUGCGGGCUAUUUAUUUCCCUCUUCACCCUGCCCUGCCUGUCACAUCUGCACAGAUGGGACUGAACCCUGGACCCACUGGGAGGAAGUGACACUGGCGUGCUUUUUGUUUUGAAUGGGGGAGGUCAGGAAGGCGGAGCUUCAAGGUAGCCUAUAGUCCAAGCCCUGCCCUCGCCCCAAGGCAGGAACCUUUGGACUCAGGCUGGGGCCAGGCCCAGGGCUCUCCUUCCUCCCCUCUUCGCAGCCUGUCCUCCAGGAUGGCAAGGGGCAGCCACACACCCCCUCCCACUGGAGCCUGAGGAGUGGGUGGUGGCCCUAAGCUCUGAGUUGGGGAAGGAGGACAGAAGCUGCCCACCAUGAGCUGUAGUGCCCUUGACUGUGUUCGCUUGGCAACCCUGGCAGGGCCUUCAAGAAAUAAAGAUCAUCCGACUUUGCCUGGAGCCCUUCUGUCUGUCUGUCUGUCUGUCUGUCUGUCUGUCUGAGUAGGGACCUGGCCAGGGGUCCCUGAUAGUCAGGAGCUGGGCCGAGUACCCAGUGACUGAACCCCUGGCCUCCAAGGGGCCGAAUGGGAUGGUGAAUGGGCAGCCGCUCGGUGGCUGCAGCACAUCACCCGAGGUCUCCUGGUGACAGUCAUGCCAUCUGAAGGUUGUGAGGGACACAGGGGGCAUCUGGAUGAAGCAGUGGGGGCCUACACUGCCCACCGUGACAGGAGG